GUCACACUCCUCAAACCCACAAUGGCUACCGUUCAGACCAUCAACGUUACCCUCCCCUCCCUGCCGGCCGGCUGGAGUGCCGAGAAGGACUUCAAGGCCGUUGGCACUGUGUCCGCUCCCACUCAGAGAAACCUGGAGCCCGUUGGCCCUCACUUCCUGGCCCACGCUCGCAGAAAGCGCCACCACCGCACCUUCUCCGAGGAUGAGAGAAUUCAGGCUCAGCAGAACGUCAAGAGCACUGAAGAUGACGAGGAUGACGAUAUCUCCGAGGAGGAGGAUGCUAUGCUCCUUGCCAGAGAGGCUAAGGACUGGAAGAGCCAAGAUCACUACCAGGUUCUCGGUCUGACCAAGUACCGCUGGCGCGCCACCCCCGAGCAGAUCAAGCGCGCCCACCGCAAGAAGGUCCUCCGUCACCACCCCGACAAGAAGGCCGCCCUGGGUGACCGCGACGAGAACGACAACUUCUUCAAGUGCAUUCAGAAGGCUACUGAGCUGCUCCUGGACCCCGUCAAGCGUCGUCAGUUCGACUCCGUUGACGAGGCUGCCGAGGUCGAGCCCCCGACCAAGAAGCAGGUUGCCAAGGGCAACUUCUUCAAGCUCUGGCGCCCCGUCUUCGUGGCUGAGGGUCGUUUCUCCAAGAUCCAGCCCGUGCCCGAGAUCGGUGACGAGAACAGCACCCAGGAGGAGGUUGAGAACUUCUACAACUUCUGGUACGACUUCGACAGCUGGCGUACUUUCGAGUACCUGGACGAGGAUGUGCCGGAUGACAACGAGAACCGUGACCAGAAGCGUCACAUGGAGAAGAAGAACGCCAACGCCCGCCGUAAGCGCAAGACCGAGGACACUGCCCGCCUGCGCCACCUGGUGGACGAUUGUGCCGCCGGUGACGACCGUAUCAAGAAGUUCCGCAAGGCCGCUCGUGCUGACAAGGACAAGAAGCGUCUCGAGAAGGAGGCUGAGAUCAAGCGUCUGGCCGAGGAGAAGGAGAAGGCCCGCCUGGCUGAGGAGCAGGCCAAGAAGGACGCCGAGGAGGCUGCCAAGGCCGAGCGUGAGAACAAGAAGAAGGCUAAGGAGGCUGCUAAGAACGCUGCCAAGAAGAACAAGCGUGUUCUCAAGGGCUCCGUCAAGGACGUUAACUACUUCGGCGAGGGUGGUGAGCCUUCCGCCGCUCAGGUUGACUCCGUUCUGGGCGAUAUCGAUCUUGUCAUCAGCAAGAUCGACGCUGAGGAGCUUGCUGGCCUGGCUGAGCGUCUUACUGCCGCCGGUAAGGAUGCUGCUGCCGUCAAGACCGUGUACGUUGAGGAGGUCAAGAGACUGGUUGGUGCUGGCAAGGUGAAUGAGGGUGAGGCCAAGUUCUUUGUCUAGAGGUGAAGAAUAUAGAGGCGGCCGGGUUUACAUGCUACACGAGCGUGCGGUAUAUAGAUGAUAGAGUUGGCUACAAGAUAAUGAGAGCAACGACAUGAUGGUUACUGC